AUGGUCGCGGAGAUUACUUCACCAACACCAGACGCGUCCGAAGUGCCAGGAUCACCGAAUUCAGCGCGUCGUGCCAAGAAGCGGGCCACAGAUCGUAAGAGCCAGCGGACCCACCGCGAACGCCGCCGUACCUAUGUGCAUAGCCUCGAGCAGAAGAUUGCAGUAUUAACUGCUGCCAGCAGUGCCGAUGAGCGCGUAGCGACCUUGUUAGCUGAAAACGAGGCUCUUCGGAUACGGUGCAAUGAUCUCGCAGCGCAGAUUGAGCGUAUCCGCACCAUUGCCUGCGAGGCCAACACAGGUAACCAAGCCGACAAAGAAUCGCGGCCAGGAAGGGAGAAUGAGCAUCAGAGACGGAGUCCCGCAGCAGGAACAACAACAACAGCACCACCACCACUACCACUAGAGGCUGAGAACGAUACAAGGAUCAUGGAAUACGCCGCUGCUAGUCCAGCUUCCUCCUGCGCGUUUGACGCGGCUGUUGAAAACUUUGAUUUUCCUCACGAUGUUGCUCAUCCAUCCUUCAGCAACCACAUGGAUGAGACGAGUGCGUUACUUCAAAGUUUCUCCAACAUUCCCCUCCAGGCCAUUGAUAACACUGGCUUCUAUGAUGCACUCGCAGUCGACGAAGCUGCAGUUACAAGCUACUUCACAUCAUCCAAAACUAUCGCUUUGAAUGGUAUAUCCGAAGGUGAUGCUCCCCUGAGGGACUCUUCUUAUUCUUUAUCUGCUUCGCUCCCAGUUCCCAACUAUGCCCGCCCACAAGGUGCUGCAGACCGACUUAUUCACGCGAUGCUCGAGGAAGCAAGAAGUGAACACCAAGCUGGGAGAUUCGAUACUACAAGCCCAUCUUUGGCCCGUCUUCUCUCCCAGGGUCCUAGGGAUAUUUUGUCUUUUCGUUUAUUCCAUUAUAUCAAAGAAUACGGACCUAUCCCAAUGCAUUGGAUGCUAGCUACGUUUUGGGUACAGUAUCUUUACUUGCGGUGGAAUGUGCUUAGAACGCCUGAAUCAUACGCUCUCGUCCCAGAAUUCCUCCGUCCUACACCGCUUGAGUGUACCAUUCCGCACCGUUUGUCAAUCAACAUGCUUGUUUGGCCCGACAUCAGGCAAGCUUUGAUUCGCGAUGCCCUAACUGUCUCCCCAGAAGAUGUGGGUAUUGAGUUACUCAAGAAUCUUUCUCCAUAUUGGCCGCCAUCUUUUGCUAUCCGCGGAGAUUUGAUUGCAAGCAUGGAUGUGUUCAGGAUGAUUGAAACCCAGGCCGUACAAUAUGAGUUUUGGAAAGUAGGGAAAGGCUUCUUUGACAAAUAUACGCAAUACAGAAACUGUGGCCUGGGACCUGAUCGUUGA